AUGUCUGCAGCACCGAAGCCCCCGAGCGGGCACUUCAACCUGCUCUACUUUGCAAGUGCCAGCACCUUCACCGGAAAGCAGUACGAGGCGCUGCCCGCGCCACUGCCUCUGCGGAAGCUGUUCGCGACGCUCGAGGAGCGGUACGCCGGCAUCAAGCCCAAGGUGCUCGAGUCCUCCCUGGUGACCAUCAACUUGAACUACGUCGACGUCCCUGAGGAUAGCAAUGAGGGUGGCGCCGACGAGCCGGUGAUUCAGGAGGGCGACGAGGUCGCGAUCAUUCCGCCUGUCAGCUCUGGAUGA